UAAAAUCUUCCUACCAAACAUCCCAACCGCCCAAAUUCCGAAAGCCCUAAUUGCAUUACUCAGUGCCGUAUAUUAUUGAUCGGCCUGAAUGCUCUCGUAGUCGUCGCCGCUGCUGCCGCUCAUCUUUCUGGAAAUUCGCAUCGAUUUCAUGUCUAAUCGGGUGCUUUGCAAAUUCUUUGCCCAUGGGGCAUGUCUGAAGGGGGAACAUUGUGAAUAUGCACAUGAUUGGAGUGCUCCACCAAAUACUAUAUGUACCUACUAUCAAAAGGGUGCUUGCUCAUAUGGAAGUAGGUGUCGAUAUGACCAUAUCAAAAUUUCUCGGCAACAAUCUCCAGCUUCAACUUCUUCAGCAAACCUUUCUCUUAUGCAACAACUUCCUUCUGGCACUGCAUCAUCUGGUGUCAGUCUCACCACUGAUACUGCUGAUUAUCCAACUUCUAAUGGGCCACUUCUCCUUUCUAGCAAGCUUGCAUGGUUAAAUAAUACCGGACAACACAAUGAACUACAGAGUGACGAUGAUUUUGCAGAUAGUAGGCCUAGUGGUCCUGCUGACAGGCCAAUAUGCUCAUUUGCAGCUGCUGGUGAAUGUCCGCGUGGUGUGAAUUGUCCUAACAUGCAUGGUGAUCUUUGUCCCAUGUGCAAGAAAAAUUGUUUGCAUCCUUUCAGGCCCCAAGAAAGAGAAGAGCACCUGAAAAUGUGUGAGAAGAGGCAAAAACAUUUGGAAGCAUUGCGACGUAGUCAAGAAAUAGAGUGCAGUGUUUGCCUAGAACGUAUUCUCACAAAGCCUACACCAUCAGAAAGAAAGUUUGGAAUAUUAUCAGAGUGCGACCAUCCAUUUUGUAUAGCAUGUAUCAGGAACUGGCGGAGCACUUCACCUUCAUCUGGCAUGGAUGCCAAUUCUACAUUGAGAUCCUGCCCUAUAUGUCGAAAACUUUCAUACUUUGUCAUCCCUAGUGUCAUUUGGUAUUCCUCAAAGGAAGAAAAGCAGGAGAUUGUUGAGUCCUACAUGGCAAAGUUGAAUUCAAUUGACUGCAAGCACUUUGACUUUGGGAAUGGAACAUGCCCCUUUGGAACCAGUUGUUUUUACAAGCAUGCAUAUCGUGAUGGUCGUCUUGAGGAAGUGGCUCUUCGUCAUCUUGGAGCUGAAGAUGGAAAUACUGUUAUUGCCAAAAAUAUCAGGCUCUCGGACUUUCUUAGUAAUUUACAUUUAAGGUGAUUAAAGCCUUACAAAUUCAUUAAGUGGUAAGGUACAAAACUAUAUGCAUGAAUUCUACGAGUGAUGGAUGCGGAUGCGAAACCACAGCUACACAACAUUCACCAUCCCUUCAAAAUACUACCGGUAAUGUGUUUGCACCUAUGGUUUGAUUGCAAUUCGGUGGUUGUGAACAUUUCGAUUGUGUUGGAGCUCAAGUUUGAUUUUGGAUUGGCAGAAUACAUUAUUGGUAUAUACACACAGGUCCUCUUUUGAACUGUACAAUAAGUGUUACAUUUUUAAGAGAUGUUUAGUAAAA